AGAUAAGUUGGUUAUUUGAAAAUUAUGUGGGAAGGACCCAGGAGAGGACCACAAGGGAGACCACCCUUUCGGUAAGCAGACGGUGGCAAUGGCAUAGAAAAACUCUUGCAAGAAAAAGUUCAUGUUUUUACAUUCUUAUUACUUGAUUUGAGAGGUACUCAAUUUAAAAUGUUUGUCAGUAUUUAGAGCCCAAAGUAUGAAUUCUGACUUUAUUUUUGUUUCAGUGGGGACAAUCGAGGAGAAAUGUUUGGGGGCCUAGAUGGCCCUAUGCAUGAUUUCAGGGGUAGAGACGGAAUGAACAUGGGUCCCAGGGGGCCACAGGAUCGGGGGCCUCCUAUGGACAUGAGGAGGAUGGACUGUCCACCUGAUAUGAGGGGCCCGUCUGAUAUGAGGGACCGGGAUAUGGAACCACAUGACAUACGAGGGAGAGGAGAACCACCCAGGGAUUUCCUGGGGAGACCUGGAGAAGAACCAGACUUCAGCCUCAGAAGGCAGUAUGAAAUGUCAAUCAGAGACAAGCUGCUAAAUGCAGCUGCUGGUGGUGGUUUCAUGGGGCCUGGGCCAGGUAUGGGGGGAAGGGGAAUGGGAGGGAGAGAUAUGAGGGGGAGAGGCAUGGGAGGGAGAGGCAUGCCUCCACGAGAUCUACGAGAGCCAAAUGACAGAUUUAUGGACAUGAGAGACAGGGAGAUGUUCCGCAAGGAUAUGCCAGGCUUCAACAAUCCAGACAUGGAUGGAAGGCGAGGAGGAUUUCCCACGGAGCCUAUGGGUAGAAAUGAGGGGUUCAGAGACAUGCGUGAUAGAGACAGGCCCCCGAUGGGCAUGGAUGACAUUGAUGGGUUUAAUAUGGACAUGCCUCCACGAGAUCGAGACAGGGGAAUGAUGGACUUUGACAGGAGGGGUGCUCCUCCAUUGAAUCCAAGGAAAAGAUUUGAGUCUGAUACGGACUUCAGAAACCGCGUUGGACCUCCAGCAGAAUUCAGAGGUAGGGAUAGAUCUCCCGUAAGAUUUGCAGACAAUGAUGGUGCUCCAAUGGAUGUCAGGGGAAGGCCUGGUGGCCCUCCAGAUCUUGGUGGCCCAAACAGACCCAAAUUUAUGGGUACAGAUCCAGAAGGCACCCUUAGAGACAGAGAAUUCCCAGAAAUGGAAGAGGUGUCGCUUGCAGAGGAGUGGAAGAACCGUAAAAAGGAUAAGGACUCUCUUCCAUCUCCCAUGACCAGAGGUCUUCCUCCUUUCCCCAAAGACAUGCAGGGUCAGCGAUUCUCUCCAGUGUCCAGAGAAGGCAGUCUUCUUGGAGAGCCGGCAAACUUUAAAGAAAGGAACAUGCCAUCUACAGAAUUCCCUGGGAAAAAAGAUGGCCCUCCCUUUGGCUUCCCUCGCCCCAACAGAGAAGCUCCAGGUUCCCAGACCUGGGAUAAAAAGCCACCCACAGAUAUCCCUGGCAUGGAUCUGCCACCUUUUGGCCGUAGAGGUCUUCAGGACCCUCCGUUUCCACCCAUGGGUCCUGGGCUCCUGCCAAACAUGCCAAACAGAGAGAAUGACGGCAAGCGCUGGCCCGAACAUGGGGAUCCCAAGCAGAAUCAAAAUGCACCAAAUCGAGGUGACAGACCCCCAUACCUCUUGGAGAAGGACAGGCCCCCAUACCUCCUAGAGAAGACUCCACCAACUCCACUGGGCCAGGGGCCAAACGAUAACACUCGUUUCAAAGGGCCGAAGGAGGCAAUGCUUGAACAAGGCCCAGAGAGAGUUAAGCUGGUUCCAGGGCCAGACUUCCAAGGCAAAGACCAGGACUACAGGGACAUUGAUUACAGAACAGGUCCAGGGAUAGUCUUUGACUACAAACAUGAGGAGCUGCCAGGACCCGACAAAGUUCUAAAGGAAUCAAAACCAGUCCCGCCUCCAAAAUUCAGUGACUCUGGUUCCCAGGUUAGUAAAGCAAAUGUAUAGACUAAACCCCAUAGAAAAUGUAAAACAUUUUUAUGCAUGUAAAUACAAAUUCCAUACAAAUGUUCUUGUACAUCUGUUGGUUGUCCAUUUUGUCAGUUAUGUGAAUUUCAAUUGCUUUAACUUGUUAUUUAAAUUUGAACUGUCAACUAAAGGAUCAGGAUUACCGGAGUGCGUCUGUGAAGGACAAGGUUACUCAUACAAUUUGCAUCACUGGAAUUCCUAAGACAGCCACAAUGGAGCAGGUAGGAAUCAAAACACAGACAUUUAGCUUUUGUCUUGAUACUUUUCUGAUUGCACAAAAUCAUCUAGUUAGAUGGUAGAAGUUUAGUUAUAUACCUAUAGGUGUGUGUUUUUUUUUAAGGUAGAGCCUAACAAUAUUUAAUUAUCUUGCAGAUCCUUGGUGCCUUUGCAGUCCGUGAUGGUGUCCCAAUGCAGGGCAUGAAAAUCAAGAAUGUUGUGCCAGGUGAGACAAAAGUCCCCGUGUGGACAUGCUCAACUCGAACGAUAUCUCGAAAUCUCCUACGAAUUGUUUCGCUAUUUCGCUAUUCCAAUCAUACGCUCAUAUUCUUUUCAAAGUGUCUUUGUUGCCUCCGAUGUUCUCGAUCUUGAUGCAAUCGCUCAUCAGUUCAACAGCCAAGUUUUCUAAGUAUUUAGCCAUCAGUGUUUUUCAUUCCUGACAAUGUAGGAACACUGUCCCAAUUUUUUUGUUGAAGCUUUCAUCCUCAAUGCAGAAGCCUUUGACAGUGACUAUCAGCCACUAAAGUUCUUAUGACACGCAAUCUCUUAUGUUGUUCACACCUCAUUUGUUUCCUUAUACACCAUUUUCUAUUUUAUUGAAACAAAAAACUAAUUGAUUACAAAAUAAUAUAGGCAGCAAAUGUAUAUUACAGACUACUAUGUAAGUACUUCAGGUUCUUGGUGUUGCUUUUCUCGUCAUUCAGCUUAGACGAAAGUUUUCUCAAUUAUUUGAUUGUAGGACUGCAUCAGCCAUCUACGUUACAUUUUGGAUUCCUGAGAAGCUACAAUACCAAGUUUCUGAGUGACAAAGUUUUAUGGCAGGUUUAAAAUGCAGCAAGACAAUCCAUACUUUCUUUCAUACACAGUAGGCCUAUACCUUAGUAGCACUUAGGUUAUGCUAUGCUUGCAGGAACUUACCUUUUAGGGACAUUUAAGUAUGCUGUAGUUGGCGUACUUGGGAGUAUGUUUACAGACAACAUUCAGUCCAUAGUUGGAUCUGGAAAAUAUGUUGGUACUGGCUUUUAAAUAAGGACAACAUUGCCAACUCAAAGAUACAAGAUAAAUGACUUAAAUGCAUUUUGUGCUGCAAAGGUACUGUAUGUGUCAAUGGAGAGAUUGGCAUACAUGUCAAAAAAUGAAGAAUUAGGACAAUGUUCGAUUUCCCCCAAUGUAUUCAUCGAAAUGCUACACCAUCACCACAAAAAUGCUGAAUGUGAUCUCCUUUCGUGAACUGCUGUCCUUACUGGCAUUGACUAACGCAAAUCCAUCUGUAUUUCAAAUGCUGUCCCCAGGUUACAGCUACGAUACGGCCUAUGUGGAGUUUUUAAACCUCGAGGAUGCAGUCCACUUCAUGGAAUCCAACCAGGUGGCCCAUCCUCAUCUCUCUACGUCGGCUGUGCCUUCGGGCAGGAAGAAGGCUUGGGCUGGGGGCGGGCAUUUUAGAAGGGUUAGAGGGAGAGGUGGGAUCAGGGUUGGUUAUUGUUUGGGAUCAUUUAUGGGAGUUACUCCCUAUCUGUGGGUGUGUGAAUUGACAUCGUUGGCGUAGGUUCAAGGGGACUUCGCACAACAAUAGUUUAAUAAUGAGGUCAAAGAGGAGGCGUGCUUCUGGUGAUGCACUUGGCAUUGAAAAGAAAAGAAAAAGAGAAACCGCUUCCAACAAUAUUCUCCAGAUGUGUUUGGCGUAAUGUAAUCAGCUUAAAUCGGAAUGAAUUUAGAAACGAAAACAAAGAAAACCAUCUCUGAGAAAAAAAUGCACUAAGUCUCAAAACAAUAAAUGAGGUAAAUGUUUAGAUACAUGGAAUAAGAAAUAGGACACGUUGUAUGGGUCUUGUUCCUGAAGCCCAUGGGCAUAUUAUCAUAAUGGGUCUUGUUCCUGAAGCCCAUGGGCAUAUUAUCAUAAUGGGUCUUGUUCCUGAAGCCCAUGGGCAUAUUAUCAUAAUGGGUCUUGUUCCUGAAGCCCAUGGGCAUAUUAUCAUAAUGGGUCUUGUUCCUGGAUUCUUGGUCCUCUGUCCAUCCAAGUCUUAAUUGGAUGGUUUUCUUUACAGUGAUAUCUGUUCAUUUUUAGAUAGCAAUGGCAGAUCCUUCAUAUUUUUGUUUUUUUGCGUCAUUUUAACAUUGUUUUUAUCAUGCUGGGAAUAGUAGCUAUUGGUGUUUUGGGUAUUACCUGCAGAAUAAUAUACUAAGGAUCAUAAGGUCUUUUUCCGAUCACAGACUACUCAGUUUAGAUAAUAUUAUGUCUAGCUUUGAAUCAUUUAUAUAUUCCAAUAUAAAGUUAUUUAUGGCACUUGAAGCUCAAUAGAUUAAAAACAUUUUGACUACUGCUUUGGAAAUGGGUUGUGCUUACACGAGUAAGUCAGCCAUUCCUGAGCUAGCAUUCAUGUCCCUACUCAGUUUUCUUUUUUCCUUUCUCAACUUUGCACAGAACUUAAAUGUACAUGAGAAGUUGCUUUUAACUUUGGUGAAGGCCAUUAUCCUUUCAACGGUCCUUUGGUGGCAAUAUUGGAAAGUUGAUCUGUUUACAGUUUGCUGUGACCCUUUUUUUAUUUGACUUCUUCCUUCUUGGCAAUAUCUUGCCAUCACCUUUGGCUGUCCACAAGCCCAACUUUACCUCCGUGUCUUGGGGGUACUUACUAUGUACAUUCUAGAAUACUCUGUGACUGUGUUUGUGUCUUGGGGGUUUUACUCAUUCCUUGAUCUCAACAAGUGGACAAUGUUCUAUUCCAUUCAUCUUUCUCUACACAGAGAGAGCUGUGCAGCAACCAUGGUAACGUUAUUCCUUUGCAUUGCUGAAUGGAUAGACUCCAUCUCUAAAUGCAUCCUCCACAUCAGAUCCACUCUUGCCUGCUAAAUACAAGUAUAAAUCCUCUUGAUGCCCAUUCACUUGACAGCAGAGGAUUCUUUUCUCUUGACCACAGUUCUUGGCUCACCUUUUCCUUUUGGUGUGAGACCUUUCUAUUGGUCACAUUGGUAUAUAGCCAUGUAGAGUAUCAGCAGCCUGCAAUGGUUAGUUUUUAGCCGUGGUAGCACAGUUGAAUGUCAGUGGUGCAUGCCAUGUGUAUAGAUUUAGGGUAUAGAUAACUGAUAUUCUCCCAACCAUAUUGGCCGAAUCUGGUUCCCAUAUUGAAGGAAUCGUGACACUACAAUCUCAAGCAACAGAUCAUCAUCAAGGCCAGAGCCAUAUCUGGCUCUGCUCAAGGCUGGAAAGAAGCAGAACCAGUGAUGGGUGUUACGUGUUCCUUUGAUCUGUCUUCUAUGUUAAUUUACCCCAUUGGGUAGCUGGUUGCUACAAUGGUUUUGGAUCUACGAUACAAUGGUUAUGAUUUUCAAUUAGUAAAACAAAUUUGGUUACAUACGAUAUUGAUUCUAGAGCUUCCUCUCAAUUGUUUCAUGCAGUCAGCUGUAUCUUUACCCAUCAACGACAACAGAAAAAGUUUAAAAUACACUCGUCUUGGUGCCUGGGUCUUACGAUCUUAACCCUGUUAACGAUACCGAACUCAGCAAGUUGGGGUUAUUGUAGAUAUAACUGCCACUCACUAUUGAAGAUGUACUUAUAUUAGUUAAACCAGAGAUGUUGAGUCUACAAACCUACAGCUUGCAUGUCAAAUCAUGCAGUCAUGUCAGUCAUGCCUUUAUGCAAAUGAGUGUCAGAUACAUUUACAGUGCACUGCCGACACAAUGGUAUAUUGAAUUUCAUGUUGGAUUAAGUACACAUUUUUGAAGUACAAAUUUAAGCCCUAUACUGUCAAAGAAUAUAGCUUUAUCUAGUAAGACACUAAUAUGAAAUUCAUAAUGUCCUCAAAGUACUGUACAUGAGAAAAGUUUGAAUUUCCACCUCCUGGUAAACAGUAAUGCUAUAGCAUGGAGGAAAUACCUUGGAAGGUAUUGGUCGAUCUAAGUUCCAUAUACCUGUCAGAACCAUAAUGGUUGUCUCCAUUACCCUCACCACUGAGGAGGACUAAACCUGCCACAGUGCAUGAUGGGAGUCUGUUAUUCUCUUGGAACAUUUAGAAUUGUGAGUCACUUGGUUGGCAAGGAAGCAGAUUCCUCAGUUUGAAUCUAGCUCACUCUCUUCCUGUUUUUCAGGGAUCCCUGAAGGUUGGCACUAAAACAGCUCUGAUGCGAUACGUCCAGCCGGACAGAAGUGGCAAGGAUGCUCAAGUAAGUGUUGGAUAUCACAAGUAGGGCCUUUUGUAGAUGGCAGUGAUUUAUUCCCUUUACCUUUGUUCUUGUUUUGAGCAUGCUAGUAGCGUAGGUAUGUUUGUGCUUGGUAGUGUUAUUUGUAUGCAUGCUGGAUUUGUUUUGCCUGUGCUUAUGUUAAGCCAUAGGUUGUUGAGACAACCACCACUAAAUAACUGAUGUGCCUUCUCUCUCUGCGUUAGGAACCAGGACACAAGGCAGGCCCUCCGGUCCAGGAACCCUUGCUGCCAAGCCCAGGCCAGCUCCUGGUCAACAAGGCCAAGAAUGAGCACCACGGCCAGGAUGUCUCCCAAGCCAAGGCCCCAGUUGACCCCCUCUCCCAGCAGGGCUCAUGGCAGCGCAGCUCGGACCUGACCCCAGAGGCCUGGCAGCAGCAGGUGGACCAGCAGCUCAGACAGCAGGAGGCUGAGCAGCAGGCAGAGUCCUGGGCCAGCCGCAACCCCCCUCGCCAAGGCCCUGGCCCGCAUCAGAUGGACCCCAUCUUUAAGGAGAGCAAGAGUGAGUGAGCUGGGGCAAUAUUGGAAUAGUUGGGGAGGAGGGAAUUUAGAAUUUGAAUAGUUGGUGAGUAGGGAAUUUAGAAUUGGAAUAGUUGGGGUGUAGGGAGUUUAGAAUUGGAAUAGUUUAGGUGUAGGGAGUUUAGAAUUGGAAUAGUUUAAGUGUAGGGACUUUAGAAUUGGAAUGGUUGGGUAAUUUAGAAUUGGAAUGGUUGGGGAGCAGGGAGUUUAGAAUUGGAAUAGUUGGGGUGUAGGGAAUUUAGAAUUGGAAUGGUUGGGGAGCAGGGAGUUUAGAAUUGGAAUAGUUGGGGUGUAGGGAAUUUAGAAUUGGAAUGGUUGGGGUGCAGGGAGUUUAGAAUUGCAAUAGUUGGGGUGUAGGGAAUUUAGAAUUGGAAUGGUUGGGGAGCAGGGAGUUUAGAAUUGGAAUAGUUGGGGUGUAGGGAAUUUAGAAUUGGAAUGUUUGGGGGAGUAGGGAAUUUGGAAUAGUUGGGGAGUAGGGAAUUUAGAAUUGGAAUGGUUGGGGUGCAGGGAGUUUAGAAUUGCAAUAGUUGGGGUGUAGGGAAUUUAGAAUUGGAAUGGUUGGGGAGCAGGGAGUUUAGAAUUGGAAUAGUUGGGGAGUAGGGACUUUAGAAUUGGAAUAGUUUGGAGUAGGGAACCCUUAUCAAGGAGUUGGUGUGAUUGUUUAUUUAAAACGUUUGUUUGUAAGGAAAGAUCAAUGUGCUUGUUUUCCUCUAUUUCCUCACAGCCAUGAUCAUAAAGAAUGUGAAGCCCACCACUACAGUGGAGACCAUUCUGAAAGCCCUGGACCCCUUCGCCUACCUUGAUGAGAGGAACGUUCGUCUGGUUAGAGGCAAACCCCCGGGAGCCAAAUGCUUCUGCUUCGUAGACAUGGACUCCCAUGAGGUAUCACAUAGCUGCCAUUACAUGUCAGUUGGCCACUUUGUCUCUCAUUUCCACCUGAAAUGUAUGAAUGUCUGAGUUGUACCCUGCUUAAUGGAUGUUACUGCUGUGGAUGUCAUGACGUUGCCUUUCUUCCAUCCUAGCAAGUGACCCGUCUGGUAGAGCUCCUCACCAAGCCCAGGCCUCUCUCUAUCGACGGGGUCAGGGUUUACGCUGAGGUUGCCAAGCCACUGAAGAACCAAAAGUGAGUGACACGUAUAUCAAACUUAAAUCAUGUUAUAUCAUGUAACCAAGCUAAAUCAUGUAAGAACAGUGAUGUUAUUUUUUUUUUACCACUGAUGAUUUGAUGGUGUCUUUUCUCCUGCUAGCUACAGAAAAGAGUUUGAUAAAUCGAACACUUCUCUCCUGGGGUACCCACCCGAGGCCAGUAGGAUGGAGGUAAGUUAGGUGUUUGGUAUCAUUUUCGGUUUUACAUUUUAGUCAUUUAGCAGAAGCUCUUAUCCAGAGCGACUUACAGUUAGUGAGUGCAUAUAUACUUUUUUUCUUCAUACUGGCCCCCCGUGGGAAUCGAACCCACAACCCUGGCGUUGCAAACGCCAUGCUCUACCAACUGAGAACUAAUGUGGUGUUUUGUGCCCUAAUCCCAGCAGCAGCAGUACUAUUCAUCCCAACCUCAUAACCAGCCACCAGGAGGCCCCCCACCCAACAUGCAAGGUGAGUCCUAUCUCAUUAGUCAUUAUCUCCAUUCAAACACUAUUCUACCUGACAAUGUAUGCCCUCCAGGAUCUGUCAAACAAAUAUUGUCUUGGUCUGUGGUUGUCGGCCUUUCAGCUCAACAUGCUUCAAUCGUCAGGUCAUGUUGAGUAGAAAAUGAGCAGGAAGAAAAUGAUUUAUAUAAUUUCUUACCUAGGAGACAAUCUGGGCGGACCGAUGGGCUCAGACCCUCUCUCCAAUUCAUCUGUCUCUCACUUCAACUCCAGCAUGACUCCGGUAAGACACCAUCAGACUAUUAUAAAACCACUUCAUCCAAAAGUAAAGAAACAUUGAUAAUGAUUGACAGUUUAAACAGAGGAAAGAGUGUCAGUGUGAAAUGCUCUUCUUACCAAUGCUUCCCUUUUCCACGUCCUAGGGAGGUGGCUAUGCUGAGCCUCCACCAAUUGAUCCCUACCACCAGGCUCUGGACCCCCAUGUCUCCUCUGCUGCAGCAGCAGGGGGGAUGGCAGCAACAGGAGACCAUGGCACUGAUGGCUACAGCUAUGGUAAGGCCAGACAGUAGGCCUAGUGCCUCUCUCAGACAUCAGAGAAUAUGCAGCUUCAGAAGCACUUGUGAAUCUGUGGAAAGAAUGUGAAUCUACAUCUUGUCAUACUCCUGUAACAACUGACUGUUUUUUAUUUGUCCAGCUACUGAAACUCCAGACAUGACUAACUACCUGUAUGAUGCCACGUCUGGGUUCUACUACGAUCCCCAGACUACCCUGUACUAUGACCCUGCCUCUAGGGUAAGACUUCUACACAGUAACUUGUGUGAUAUAUUCUCUUGAAAUUACCUUGGUGUGUCUGUGCUACUCCACAUCCUUCAUGUCCAACGUGUGUGUGUGUGUGUGUGUGUGUGUGCGCGCGCGCAGUAUUUCUACAAUGCCCAGACCCAGGAGUACCUGUACUGGGACAGUGUGUCCAAGACGUACAUCCCUGUUCCCGGAGGACACUCUGCAGACACCCAGCUCCCCAUUGCCCAGUCUGGUGUUGCCUUGGCACCCGACGUACAGGCCAUUCUGGCCAAUCCAGCAGCAGACGCUCCGCUGGACAUGAAGAGACCAGAGCCAACCCCUCACUUCGACCCUCCCCAGAUCCCGAACCCCACUCCUGCCCCUAACCCCAACCCUUCCCCAGAGAGGAGAGAGGAGGAGGACACCACACCUCGCAGCCUUGACAAGAAAGACAAACCAGGAGAGAAAGAGGAGAAACCCAGGAGCCUAGCCGCUUUCAAGGUUGACCCACAUUACCACAAUAUAGUCAUGUGUAAUGAAGCUAUAGGAACAACCCUCCUGCCCAAAUACACCACCUCAUAGAUGGUUAACACGUACAGUUGAAGUCGGAAGUUUACAUACACUUUGGUUGGAGUCAUUAAAACUUGUUUUUCAACCACUCCAUAAAUUUCUUGUUAACAAACUAUAGUUUUGGCAAGUCGGUUAGGACAUCUACUUUGUGCGUGACACAAGUAAUUUUUCCAACAAUUGUUUACAGACAGAUUAUUUCACUUCUAAUUCACUGUAUCACAAUUCCAGUGGGUCAGAAGUUUACAUACACUAAGUUGACUGUGCCUUUUAAACAGCUUGGAAAAUUCCAGAAAAUGAUGUCAUGGCUUUAGAAGCUUCUGAUAGGCUAAUUGACAUAAUUUGAGUCAAUUGGAGGUGUACCUGGUGGAUGUAUUUCAAGGCCUACCUUCAAACUCAGUGCCUCUUUGCUUGACAUCAUGGGAAAAUCAAAAGAAAUCAGCCAAGACCUCAGAAAAAAAAUGGUAGACCUCCACAAGUCUGGUUCAUCCUUGGGAGCAAUUUCCAAACGCCUGAAGGUACCAUGUUCAUCUGUACAAACAAUAGUACGCAAGUAUAAACACCAUGGGACCACGCAGCCGUCAUACCGCCCAGGAAGGAGACGCGUUCUGUCUCCUAGAGAUGAACGUACUUUGGUGCGAAAAGUGCAAAUCAAUCCCAGAACAACAGCAAAGAACCUUGUGAAGAUGCUGGAGGAAACAGGUACAAAAUUAUCUAUUUCCACAGUAAAACAAGUCCUAUAUCGACAUAACCUGAAAGGCCGCUCAGCGAGGAAGUAGCCACUGCUCCAAAACCGCCAUAAAAAAGCCAGACUAUGGUUUGCAACUGCACAUGGGGACAAAGAUCGUACUUUUUGGAGAAAUGUCAUCUGGUCUGAUGAAACAAAAAUAGAACUGUUUGGCCAUAAUGACCAUCGUUAUGUUUGGAGGAAAAAGGUGGUUGCUUGCAAGCCGAAGAACACCAUCCCAACCGUGAAGCAUGGGGGUGGCAGCAUCAUGCUGUGGGGGUGAUUUGCUGCAGGACGGACUGGUGCACUUCACAAAAUAGAUGGCAUCAUGAGGAAGGAAAAUUAUGUGGAUAUAUUGAAGCAACAUCUCAAGACAUCAGACAGGAAGUUAAAGCUUGGUCGCAAAUGGGUCUUCCAAAUGGACAAUGACCCCAAGAAUACUUCCAAAGUUGUGGCAAAAUCGCUUAAUGACAACAAAGUCAAGGUAUUGGAGUGGCCAUCACAAAGCCCUGACCUCAAUCCUAUAGAAAAUGUGUGGGCAGAACUGAAAAGGCGUGUGCGAGCAAGGAGGCCUACAAACCUGAGUCAGUUACACCAGCUCUGUCAGGAGGAAUAGGCCAAAAUUCACCCAACUUAUUGUGGGAAGCUUGUGGAAGGCUACCCAAAACGUUUGACCCAAGUUAAACAUUUUAAAGGCAAUGCUACCGAAUACUAAUUGAGUGUAUGUAAACUUCUGACCCCACUGGGAAUGUGAUGAAAUAAAUAAAAGCUGAAAUAAAUCAUUCUCUCUACUAUUAUUCUGACAUUUCACAUUUUUAAAAUAAAGUGGUGAUCCUAACUGACCUAAGACAGGGAAUUUUUACUAGGAUUAAAUGUCAGGAAUUGUGAAAAACUGAGUUGAAAUGUAUUUGGCUAAGGUGUAUGUAAACUUCCGACUUCAACUGUAUGUCUGUCUCAGAUCAUGAAGGAUAUGGAGCGCUGGGCUAAGAUCCAGAACCGUCAGAAGGACAGCGUCCGUGUUCCCUCACCUGUACUGAAGACCUCCGGGGGCGGGCUGGACGACAGGAAGUCCUCCAAGGCAGCUGACGCAGCCUUCACCAUCUUCGAGAGGAAGGUGAGUACCGGGAACCUCUAACAUACAUGCACUUCAACGCAAUGGUGUGUAAUUAAAUCUGUUAAUUUCACUGGCCCUCUUCUCUGUUUCCCCAAACAGGGCGGAGACGACCUCUUCAAGAAGCCUAUGGCUCCUCCCAAGAAAGAGGGGAAGGGCUCAAAGGUGAGAUUGAUUGAUUGGUGAGGUCACUGCCCAAAGCCAACAAUGUUCUGUUCUGCAUGAACUAGGGAAAGAAGGGAUGAAUUUGAUUCCAAUCCAUAAUGUCUGUGGGGUGUUGUCUCCCUCCCCGGUGAUGUUGUUUCUGAACUUCCUGCUCCCCUCCCUCCCCAGCAGUCCAUUGGCUCUCUGGGCCUGCUGGCGUCAGACUACGCAGCAACAGGCAGUGACGAGGAGGAGGAGGUGGUGCAGCAUGAGGAUCCUCAGGCCUCUAGGAGUCAGUCUCAGGAGAAGGAAGACAAGCUGACAGACUGGAAGAAGAUGGCCUGCCUGCUGUGUAGGAGACAGUUCCCCAAUAAGGACGGCCUGCUGCGCCACCAGCAGCUCUCAGACCUCCACAAGCAAAACAUGGAGAUCCACAUGAAGAUCAAGAGAUCAAAGAAAGAGCUGGAGGCUUUGGAGAACCAGGAGAAAGAGGUCAGGGGAGGCUUGAUUUUUAUUUUAUUUUUAUCACCUUUUACACAUUUGAUAUGUAGCCGUAAAGCAGUUCAAUAGUUGUGAAAAGCUUAAUUGUAGUUGCCUCACUUAAUCUCUCUAUAACCUCAGAUUCUCAAUGCAACUAUGUUCAGUAAGUGUUGUUGACAUAUUAUAUGAAUGAUGUCUGUAAUCUGUCCCACAGCUGAGUGCCAGAGAGUCCAACGGCUCCCCAGAACAGAAGAGAAGGAAACAUCAACACCAGAAUAGCUGGGUCGGUGGCUCCAGGGACAUGCAUAAAGGCAGUGAGAGGCCGGGGUUAGGCUCCGAGCCUGUUGAGGUACGUCUAUAACAUCUUUAUUUUUCAGUCUGUUGUCCAGGUGGGUUUCUUGGUGAUUUUUACCCCAGUUGUUGUUUUUUUAUUUAAAGCUUGGUGGUGAUUUUAACCCUUUUGUUUCUUCUCUUCUUCUCUCCCACAGAGGAAGAAAAAGGAGCCUGUUGUCUGGAAUCAUGCCACCUACAAACAAGCGGUGCGCAAGGCCAUGUUCGCACGCUUCAAAGAGCUGGACUGACCUUUCUUCCUGUUCAGUCUAUCAAACAUUUAGCUAAGUUGAGUGAGUCACUGAAGGUUUGUACGGAAUGACACAUUUACCCAAAACGGUGCACACCGUUCUUCAACCAUCUUUGAGCUAUGUUUGCUGUUGGUGGGUGUGGCCUGAUCAAUAUGGGCGUGACCUUUUGAAAUCGCAAAACUAAUGCAGCACACCAUACACAAUCGCCCUCCGUACCACCAUACUCAACAUUCUUCAACUGGUUGUUCAGAACAGCACCGUUUCCGUUGAAUCAAACGCUGCACACCGUUCUGUUCUGCUGAACAAACCCCCAGAUCACCCACUCCUGACUGUGUCCCUGUGUUUGUAUGUAUGGGGAACAUUGGUCGAGUUAAUGUGCCUGCCAAACCCUAGCGGACCUUUUGGACUGAGCUCACCUCUUACUGUAUCUGUGGGCCCACUUCACUGUACUACCAGGACUUACCAGCAAUGCAAUCUGUCCGUAGCCGUAACUGUUCAGACAAUGGAGCUGUAGGGAGACCGCUAGGGCCUCCAUAUUUCUGCAGUGUUCUCUAUGCUUGUUGGAGGACCAUUCACCCAUCAUUGCCCCACCCCCCCACCACAGUACUGACAGAGCCAGAUGAUCUGAGAGAGACUGAAUUAAUGUAAGAUGGCAGGAGAGGGGGAGAAGCAGUGGUGUUGGUGCUAAGUUGCUCUACAGACUCAACCCAAACAGCAAGCUGUCUUUGACCUCCUAAUCAAUCCUUUUAAGGGAUGUAGGUUUUUGUUUUGCCAUGUGUUGUGUGUGUGUGUGGCUGAUGUGUAGUGUUAUUGCAGCCGGAUCUGGCAUUGUAGAAUACUUGUUGUACGCCACCGUCCGGUUCCAGCUACACACUGUCAUUUAUUUUAACACAGCCUUUUUACAUGGACUUAUUCCUUUCCUCAUUUGGUUUAUACUCUGUGUGUACACAUUUUUUAAAAGUAAAAUAUAAAAUCUACUUGAAAUUGCGUCUGUGGUUUAUUUCUGUGAAAUAUGUGUACUAUUAGAUUAGAAAUGUGUGCUAUAAUGGACUGUCAGACAAAUGAUGUUCGGCAACUCUCCAUUGGGUGGCAGCAGUGUUCUUUUGAGAUUUGUACAGUCACUAAACCUGAACUUAGUUGUCUUAUUACCAUGUUACAUUGUUACCCAUUCAGAUAAUGCAAUGAACUGGAAUAGGUCUGUGUUUUUAUUUUUUGAAUAUUGUUUAAAAAAAAAUGAAAUUUACAAAAUGUUCUCUAUGCUCAUUGGUCUUGGGUAUUGUUGACGGUGAUGAGAUAGGAUGUUCUAAAACAUCAGUAUUACCCUGAUCCUCUAACAGCAAUGGUGCUACAGAGAAAGGGCAGAAACUAUUUUAGCCUCCCUGAAUAUCUUCAUCCAAUUUUGUUCCUGUAUUGUCUAGGUUAGGAUGACUAAACCAUCCCGUGUUGAGUCCAGAUGUCAGUGUAUAUUCAGGUGACUUAACUAAUAAACUCAGCAAAAAAAGAAAUGUCCUCUCACUGUCAACUGCAUUUAUUUUCAGCAAAAUGUACGUGUAAAUAUUUGUAUAACCAUAUUCAACAACUGAGACACAAACUGAACAAGUUCCACAGACAUUUCUGGGGGGAAUGGCCCUAGCCCUCAACCUCCGAUCCAACAAGUCCCAGAUGUGCUCAAUGGGAUUGAGAUACGGGCUCUUCGCUGGCCAUGGCAGAACACUGACAUUCCUGUCUUGCAGGAAAUCACGCACAGAACGAGCAGUAUGGCUGGUGGCAUUGUCAUGCUGGAGGGUCAUGUCAGGAUGAGCCUGCAGGAAGGGUACCACAUGAGGGAGGAGGAUGUCUUCCCUGUAACGCACAGCGUUGAGAUUGCCUGCAAUGACAACAAGCUCAGUCCGAUGAUACUGUGACACACUGCCCCAGACCAUGACGGACCCUCCACCUUCAAAUCGAUCCUGCUCCAGAGUAAAGGCCUCGGUGUAACACUCAUUCUUUCGACGAUAAACGUGUAUCUGACCAUUACCCCUGGUGAGACAAAACCGCGACUCGUCAGUGAAGAGCACUUUUUGCCAGUCCUGUCUGACGGUGGGUUUGUGCCCAUAGGCGACGUUGUUGCCGGUGAUGUCUGGUGAGGACCUGCCUUACAACAGGCCUAUAAGCCCUCAGUCCAGCCUCUCUCAGCCUAUUGCGGACAGUCUGAGCACUGAUGGAGGGAUUGUGCGUUCCUGGUGUAACUCAGGCAGUUGUUGCCAUCCUGUACCUGUCCCGCUGGUGCGAUGUUCGGAUGUACCGACCCUGUGCAGGUGUUGUUACACGUGGUCUGCCACUGCGAGGACGAUCAGCUGUCCGUCUUGUCUCCCUGUAGCGCUGUCUUAGGCGUCUCACAGUAUGGACAUUGCAAUUUAUUGCCUAAGGCACAUUCACGCAGAUUUGCAGGGACCCUGGGCAUCUUUCUUUUGGUGUUUUUCAGAGUCAGUAGAAAGGCCUCUUUAGUGUCCUACGUUUUCAUAACUGUGACCUUAAUUGCCUACCGUCUGUAAGCUGUUAGUGUCUUAACGACCGUUCCACAGGUGCAUGUUCAUUAAUUGUUUAUGGUUCAUUGAACAAGCAUGGGAAACAGUGUUUAAACCCUUUACAAUUAAGAUCUGUGAAGUUAUUUGGAUUUUUACUAAUUAUCUUUGAAAGACAGGGUCCUGAAAAAGGGACAUUUCUUUUUUUGCUGAGUUUAUCUUUGGUGUGUUUUCUAUAAUUUCCUAUAAGCCCCAUUACUUCUCUGCAGGUGGCAGAAUAUGGGCUCCGCCCUAACCCCAGGUGAGGGAACCUGCUCCCUACCCUCCCUCCCGCCCUGUUGCUUUGGCGCCGUAAAUGGAGGAUUACCUGUGUUUAGUGUUCUCUAACAGAGUUACUCAGAUCACAACAGGAAGCAGACCAAGGUGGACCCCCAGGGGCCACAGUCAGUCAAUGAAGAACAGAGCAGCAGGAACACAACUCAGGGGCUGCUUAAUUCCUCUCAGUGGUGCUAG